CGCUUUACCGUCCGUUGUGCCAAACAGACACAGAGUAUCUCUCAUUCUUUGCUAACAAAAAACAAAAUUUUGAGAUGUACCAUUGUUUGAACUAAGGGAAAGAAAGUAAUGCAUCCAAAAUAAACUUAAGAAAAAAAUGCAACAAAGUCCAAAGGAAAGCAACAAGAAGUUGACUAUGGCUCACGUUCACACAAAUCACUGUCCAAGCAUAGAACAUGUAUCAAAUUGAAUCCCUAUCUACAGUCGUCAGAAAGAAGAAGGAAAAAAAAAAAAAACAAAACCCUAUUUCGCUCGUCGUCUUCUUCCCCCUCACUCCAAACCCUACCUUACUCUCUUGUCUUAUUUCAUCAUUCUUCUUGCUCUAUAUGUGCAUGAUUUAGCAAGAUAUCAUAUAUAUCUAUAUAUUACAAACUAUUCAAAGUGGAUCGAAGAUAUGGGAAGAGGCCCCUUCCAUCCGAUGAAUCGGAGGAGAAGGAGGAAGACCAUAUCUUUCCGGUCUACUCCGCUCGAUCCCAACAAGACAUGACCGCCAUGGUUUCAGCUUUAGCUCAAGUUAUCGGAAGCAGCCAUGGAAAUCCAGAUAACGAUCAAGUGCAUGGUAAUACUAAUCCAUUGGUCUUGUCACAAUCUAGCAACACUGAGGAAGAGAACCUCCCUCAACCAGUUCAAGAUCAAGGGAACGAGAGAAGAAGGCACUAUAGAGGAGUGAGGCAAAGGCCAUGGGGAAAAUGGGCAGCAGAAAUUAGGGAUCCAAAGAAGGCAGCUCGUGUAUGGCUUGGUACUUUCGACACCGCUGAGGCUGCAGCAACUGCUUAUGAUGAAGCUGCUCUACGCUUCAAAGGCAGCAAAGCUAAGCUCAACUUCCCUGAGAGAGUUGAAGGCCGAUCCGAAUUAGGUCACCUCACAAUCCGUCCAAAUUUGCAUCAACAACAACGACAACAACAACAAGUACCUAAUACUCGUGCUAUGGCUCCUCGUCCACAAUCACAAGCGAGAGAAAUGAUAGCACAACAUCCAAAUCCUUAUUUCUAUGCACAAUUCCCUCCUAGCGGAGGUUAUGCAUUCAACUUUUCCACACCAAGUCACUAUGGCGGUGAUCAUACGUUUCUUUCUCCUACUUCAACAACAUCAUCUUCAUCUUCAUCUUCCUCAUCAUCAGCUCCGCAGCAGCAACAACAACAACCACAACCAUCAGAAGUUAUAAGAUUUCCAGCUUGGUUUGGAAGUUCUUCCUCGACUUCUGAUUCUUCUCAUCAAAGUAGAAGAGGAUAUGAAUCUCCUAAAAGAGAAUAGCAUGCAUAUCCGUGUUUGCUCGAGGAAGAGAGGAAAACUUAAAACAUUGGAAAUGUUUUUCUACUAUAUUCUUCACAAGUGUUUUUUUUUUUUUUUUUUAAUUUACUGUUUUUUACGUUAUUUAUCGUAUUUACUUUCUUGUCAAAUCAACAUAUGGAUUGAUAAUAAAUCUACAUGGACAAGUUUGUGCUUUCAUGGUUCAAGUUUAUAUAUUCAACAUUACUAG